CGGCUUGGCAGACUGAUUCAGGGAUGAGGAAGAGAGAAAUGAGCAGAGGGAAAGGAUUAUAAAGACUUCAGAUUUGCAGAAUUCAGUAAGCUGGAAAGGAAAUGGAUACCAUGGGAUAACUGUGAGCAUGUUUGAGUGUUUAUAUAUGAGGGGUGAGACAGAAAGAGAAUAUCCAUGGAGUCUCAUGGUUAAACUGCUGAGUCAUGCUGUGACGUUUGUCCAAAUGUUGUGUGAAACCACACCAUAGUCAGCCUGUAUCCUUCAGCAUCCUGCUCUGUUCUGGAGGUGGAGAGAAAGAGUUUCACUGUUAGCAUCAGCAGCCGACAGCAUUCAAAGUGAACGACUCGUCUGAUGCAGGAAGAAGAACAGCUCAAUGAGCCGAUAAAGGUAUAGUCCAGUGCUGAUGGCGCACUCUGAGCAGUUUGUAACGAGAGCGCCCCCUGUGGAAGGGGGAGCUGUGGAGCUGGAUGUUCUGAGCUUCCUGGACUCAUUUGGGGAAGAAAACAGCACUGUUGAGAGAUGUUAUCACGCCCACUCCCGCAGCAGCGUCCUCCAGGGUCUGCCGUUUGGAGGGGUGCCCACGGUCCUCGCCAUCAAUGUGGUGCUCUGGAUGUUCCUGUUGCUCAUCUUCUCCUGUCUGAGGAAGGCUGCAUGGGACUAUGGCCGCCUGGCUCUGCUGAUGGAGAAUGACAGUCUCACAUCCCUGUUUUAUGGAGAGCCAAGUGAGAAAGAGAAGUCUCCGUCAGAGUCCAGCCCCUCCGACUCUGAGACCAAGGACAUGGGCUUCUGCUCGUGGCUCUCAUCACUUUACCAUAUGAAGGAUGAAGAGAUCCGUAGCAAAUGCGGCAUUGACGCCGUCACAUACCUGUCCUUCCAGCGCCACAUCAUCCUGCUCAUGACAGUGGUUUGCCUGCUGUCUUUGGCUGUAAUCCUGCCGGUCAACUUUUCCGGGAACCUCCUGGGAGACAGUCCUGAAAACUUUGGAAGAACAACACUGGCUAAUGUUAGCUCGAAGGACAGCUUUCUGUGGCUCCACAGCAUCUUGGCUCUGGUCUACUUCAUCAUCACGUUGCUGUGUAUGGUUCACCACUCCAUACGGCUGGAGUACAGAGAAGAUGAGAAGGUGGCCAGGACACUGAUGAUUACCUCCAUACCAAGAGAGAUCUCUGACCCAGGACUCAUCACCAAACACUUCCAUGAGGCCUACCCCAGCUGUACUGUCACUGAUAUCCGUCUCUGCUUUGAUGUCCACAAGCUGAUGAGGCUGGACUUAGAAAGGCGCAAGGCAAUGAAAGGCAGGCUGUAUUUUGCCACAAAGGCCCAAAAGGAGGGGAAGAUCAUGAUCAAGACCCAUCCAUGUGCCCAGAUAUUUUGCUGCGACAUCUGUGGCUUUGAGAAGGUGGAUGCAGAACAGUACUACAGCGAGUUAGAAGAAAAGUGGACAGACGAGUUUAAUGCUGAGAAGAACCGCAUCUCCAUGAAGAGGCUGGGCAUUGCCUUUGUGACUUUCCGCGAUGAGAGGAUGACUGCUGUCAUUGUGAAGGACUACAGCCGUGUGCGCUGCCGUCGCAGACCCCAACAGUCCAGCAUCACCACUGUGGUGCAGUCGCACAAAUGGGGGAUCGGCUACGCACCUGCUCCCAGUGACAUCAUCUGGGAAAACCUGUCAGUGUGUGGAUCUCGCUGGUGGCUCCGCUGUGUCCUCCUCAACAUCCUCCUCUUCCUGCUGCUCUUCUUCCUAACCACUCCUGCCAUCAUCGUCAACACAAUGGACAAGUUCAACGUCACAAGGCCUGUGGAGAGUCUGCAGAGCCCAGUCAUUACCCAGUUCUUACCGACCCUCCUGCUGUGGGCGUUUUCGGUGCUCCUGCCCUUCAUCGUCUACUACUCAGCCUUCUUUGAGUCCCACUGGACCAGGUCUGGUGAGAACCAAGUAACGAUGCAUAAGUGUUUUUUACUGCUGGUCUUCAUGGUCAUCCUCCUGCCCUCGCUUGGUCUGUCCAGUCUGGACCUGUUCUUCACAUGGCUCUUUGAUGUCAACUUCCUAGAUGAGAAGGAUGUCAAAUUCCAGUGCGUGUUUCUUCCUGACAAUGGUGCAUUCUUUGUAAACUAUGUGAUUACAUCCAGUCUGAUUGGCACAUCUAUGGAGCUGCUUCGCAUCCCGGCACUGACGGUGUAUGCCCUCCGCCUCUGCUUUGCCAAGUCCCAGGCUGAGCGCAUUCAUGUCAAACGGAGUCAGGCCUAUGAGUUUCAGUUUGGCCUGGAGUACGCCUGGACCAUGUGUAUCUUUGCAGUCAGUAUGACCUACAGCAUCACAUGUCCCAUUAUUACGCCCUUUGGUCUGCUCUAUGUGAUCCUGAAGCACAUGGUUGACCGAUACAACAUCUACUAUGCAUACAUUCCCACCAAACUCAGCCAGCGGAUCCACAGAGCAGCCAUCAGCCAGGUCAUCGUGGCUCCCAUCCUCUGCAUGUUCUGGCUGCUCUUCUUCUCUAUGCUUAGAUUAGGUCCAGUGCACCCCAUCACCCUCUUCACCUUAGUGUCCCUGCUCUCCUCUACUGCCUUUUCCCUCUUCCGCUUGUGCCUUAGGAAGCAACCAGACAAGUCAAUGAGCUACCAGAUGUCUGAUCAGCCAGCAGAGGGGACGUUCACUGAUGCAGACAGGAGUACUGUAACAUCCACCACUGCCUCCAGUCUGUUUGUGGCAUCCGUGCUGCUGGAGCCAGAGCUGGCUUUGACUCCCAUGCCCUCCCCGGCCCACCAUAGCUACGGCGCCAUGGCCAGCUCCCAGAGUUCAAGCCAUGGCCCGGUGGAGGAAGAGGAGUGUGAGGAAGACCACGCCCAUACCCAUGAGACUGAGCUACAAGACCCCCCAGAUCCCCCAGACCCCUACUGCUCCAGCCCACUCAUGGACAGCCCCGUGAGCUACCAGUAACACCAAAUCCCCCAAGCUGAUUCCACGUGUCCUUCACCUGGGGUACACAGAUUGCUAAAUGCCGCAAUGCUGCGUUUUCGCCACUGACCUCAGACUCCAACUUAGCUGCCUCAGACCCUGAGACUAGACUGUGCUUGUUAGAAAGGAUGAAGAACCCCAAAAGGAAAGAAGCUUAAGAACAUAGGAGCAGGAUCCAUAAAAACAUCACUAUAAAUAUAUAGACAGCAGUUUGCCAAAACAUCUCUUGAACCUGUCUUAUGGAUACAGACGUCAAUCUCAACAGAAGAUACAUCCACCCUAAAUGUAUAGAUUAUUUUAGUUAAACUAUUGGAUGCUCCAUGAAAGGGAUUCCAUCUUCUUCUGUGGCUUCAUUUGCAAGUUAAAAAGGUUAAAAGUAAUGAAAGUGACUGGGAUGGAAUUGCCUUUGGGUUGCUAUCAGAGAUUCUCUGUCCAUGCUGUGCCACUUGAACAUGAGUGGAGGUGAAAGAGUGGGUGGUGUGAGCAGGCUUGCCCCGGCAGACUGACAGAGUGGUCUGGGCACGGGUGAUAUCUGGCUCCUUGGCAGCAGAGUUUGGGAAGGCUGAGGGUGAGGGCAGCUAGUUGUGAAGCCAUCUGCAGUGAGAGAGCACACAGACGGAGGUCUGAAUGUAACUCAGAGAUGUACUGUAAUAUAUGUACACUCUCUCCAAGGAGGCACAAGCAGCUUGACUGUACCUGAAGCUUGUUGUAACUAUUAUCAAUUUAAGGUUGCUAUUUUUGCUACAGUAUUUUUGGCGUCAUUGAUAUUGUGCUUUGGGUUGGGGGCGGGGGCCACUGGAGAUUGGCCAAGGAUUUGCAGAGCUGUCCCAUCUUAACCAGAGUAUUCCCUUAUUAUGCUGUUUGGACUGUGUGUGUGAACCAACUCGAUAUUUAUGUAUUUAUUUUAAAGGAAUAGUUCAACAUUUUGCAUAAGCUAUUCGCUUUCUUGCUUAGAGUUAUAUGAGAAGAUCAAUACCACUCUCAUGUCUGUACAGUAAAUAUGAAGCUACAGCCAGCAGCCGGUUAGACUGCAAACACUAUUUUUUCUACAUUGGUUUUUCUAUGGAUUUAAACAAAUUAGAUAUAGCAUGUUAAUUAGUGUGCUUUAAAGGUGCUGGAUAGUGGCUUUUGGACAGAGCCAGGCUAGCUGUUUCCCCCUGCUUUAUGCUAAGUUAAGCUAAAGGGCUGCUGGCAGUAGCUUUAUAUUUAGCAGACACAUGUAAGCGUGAUAUCAGUCUUCUCAUCUAACUCUUGGCAAGAAAGCAAAUAGGUUUCUUUACCAAAAUGUAGAACUAUUCCUUUAAGUUGUACAAGGUAUGGGAAAAUUAGAAGCACAUCCUGGAAUUACAACAUUUUGAAAAUAUGCCAUGUAGUCUACUUUCUCUCAUUGCAAGACAAUAUACAAAUCAAUAUAGAAAUCUCUUGAAGAAUUUAUUCAUUUAGCUAAUUAUGUGAAAUACUGAAAGUAACUACACCCUCUGUUACUACUAAAGUCAUUAUAUUUAUUAUGAUUAUUUGUUACCAUAAAGGCUCUAAAUCACUACCAAAAGCACUACCAUACUGUAACAUUAUUUCAAUUACAUUAACCUAUUCAGUGUGACACUCCACUGCAUGCUGACUACUGUAUGUUGUAUAAAUGAGGUAUGCAUUCAUAUCCUUAUCCUUAAGGUCAAGUUUCACACGUGCUAAUCUCAUUGGUUCACAGUCAGUCUGUGUGUUUGCAAGUUUUGUAUUUUGGGGUUAUUUUUAUUUCCUCAUGGUGGGAUGAAAGCUUUCCCCAUGAAACUGAAUGUAAACUGAUUGUAGUUCAUUAUUCAUGUCUCUUGCUGUGCCUUGAACAAACACUCCCUUUCGUGUCACAAUACAGCAUGGCCUGAAAUAUGCUGCAUGGACUGAAAACUAAAGAGCCGUGAAACAGUCAAGAGAUGAAAACACAACAACAACAAACACAAAAACUCAACAACCCAGAGUAGUGAUUUUCAUUCAGCAGUCAAUGUCAGCAGACAAGCAGUGAGCUCAUUCCACCACCAAAUAUUGACAAAACAAUAUUCACUCAAGGUCCACUUGCUACCUUUUUCUGGAGCUUUCGACCAUAUCACAUGGUCUUCAUCAGCAGAUUAGUUCAAUUCAGUUGUCAUGAGACUGUAGAUGUUCAAACUUGCCACUAUUCUGUGCAUUUGUAGGACCAUGUUGGCUUAAAUGUUGAGCUUUAUAGUUCAUUCUUGACCUUGGAAACAUGUUGAGAAAACAGUCUCCACUCAAGGUCCAUUUACUUGCUUUUUCUGGAUCUUUUAAGAAUAAAAUAUAAUGGUCAACACUGACAUGGAGAAAUCCUAAAGAUGCCCAGAAUAAUAGAAAGAUUGAACGUCUUAAGAUCAAUGACAACUGAGCAAACCUCAUCUGCUGAUGAAGACCAUGUGAUAUGAUCAAAAGCUCUGGAACAAGCAAGUAAGUGGACCUUGAGUAGUGAUUUUUUUAUCAAGGUCAAGAACUGUCAAGCCCAACACUAAGCUAACUUACUGUGUGUCUUUACGUCACAGCAGUUCUGUCGCCGAUGUUUUGUAUUGUGGCUUUGACGGUGCCUUUUUGUUGAUUUCAAUCAAUAUCUUUUCAGUUCUCAGCUGCUGUAUUCUUUGAUAAUAUAGAUCAUAUAAGAUGUAUGGCCAAGUUCGCUGUAGAGGAUAAAAAAUCAUUUAGUGUCAUUCCCUUUUCUAUGAUUUGUCUUUAGGUCAUUUUAAUUUCAACACUUGCCAGUGACAGCACCUACAGUCGUUCAGUAGAGUGAAUUUUAGUGUGUUCUGUAUGAGGGUUUAUUAUAGUUUUAAUCAUAUAAAAUCAUAGGCCUGUGAUCUGAAAUUGUUUUGUUUUUUUCAGUUGUAAAUUGAUAGUAUAUUAUUGCAUAAAAUGAAUUAUAUUUGCUCCAUUUUACAAGGAAUCUAAUUCUAGUUCCUCAUGCUGUAUAAAACAGAUGAAAGCUGGUAGCAGAGAGAGUAUGAAGUGGUCAGUGCAGAGAAUCAUGAAGUAACAUCUAUUUGGGAAAAAAAAACAUCAAAGAGCAUCUCAAAAUGUCUGUCUCUGAACUGCCAACAUGUCCUGUGGGUUUCUCUUGCAGAAGCUUGUUUCACAGAUAAUUAAACAUACUUUCCUUUGAAAAAUACAAAAUAAAUCUUAUUAGGGUAUUCUUAGCUCUAAUGGCCGUGCAAGGAGGGAUUGUCCAUUUUCAUGCUUAACUAGUUUUAUUGGAUCCUGUCAUGUCUGUUCAUAUACUGUUGGCUUGGCCAUCCAAGGUCUAUUUGGAGGCACAUUAGCUUUCCAGACAUGUCCACUGUUUUUUGCUCUUGGUUAUGAAAUGUGUGUAUCAUAAGUACUUUAUUUUCAUAUGUGACCAGCCUGUCGUAAAUGUGGGUUGUUAUAUCUCCAAGAAGUUAAGGUUAAGGGACAGACUGCAUUUGAGAUUGAUCUCUAUCAGGCUAACAAGUUUUCAUCUGUCAAAAGUGAAGUGCUGUGAUCUGAAAUUAAAAUUAAUUCAGCUCAAUCCA